GUUGCCAUCCUCUAUAAAGCACCGCAGAAGAGUAAGAGCAGGAAGAAGAUUUCAUUACUGUUAUUGUGGUCGAGUCCCUUACCACUUUUGCGUUCUUAUUACCGUAUGGUCUUAAUAGUGUCCGAAGACUGGGUUAGAUGGUGUGGCAAUGGCGGAGCGCCGUGUGGAGUGCUCAUGGAAGAAGCACAUCGCAGAGCAGCUGAAGCAGAGAGACCGUGUGCAACGACAGGCCUUUGAGGAGAUUAUCCACCAAUAUAAUCGUCUGUUGGAGAAGUCAGAUCUACAAACUGUACUCUCAGAAAGAUAUCAAACUGACAAAUAUGACCUACAGAGCAGACAUGAGCCCAGCCCAGGGGCAGACACCACCCGUAAUGAUGCCUUACAGCAGGAGAUGGCCCAGAUGAGAAUCAAACAUCAGGAGGAACUGACAGAGCUGCACAAGAAACGUGGCGAGCUGGCCCAGAGUGUGAUUGAACUUAAUAACCAGAUUCAGCAGAAAGACAAGGAGAUCCAAAGCAAUGAGGCCAAGAUGCUGGAGUAUCAGCAGCAGAUAGCUAAGCUGGAGGGGGAUUGCAAAGAGCUACACAACUACCUACAGGACCUGGAGAGGGCCAACCAGACUCUGAAAGAUGAGUAUGACGCCCUGCAGAUCACCUUCAGUGCCCUGGAGGAGAAACUGCGGCGCACCACCGAAGACAACCAGGAACUGGUGUCCCGCUGGAUGGCUGAAAAGUCCCAGGAGGCCAACCGGCUCAAUGCUGAAAAUGAGAAGGACUGUAGACGUAGGCAAGCUAAGCUUCAGAAGGAACUAGCGGAUGCUGCUAAGGAGCCGCUGCCCUUUGACCCGGACGACGAUAUUGAGGUCGUACCAGAGGAUUCUGAGAAAGUGCCUGGAGAAGCUUCACCUAACCGGCCGCUUAGUCGUACUCCCAGUAAACGCAUAUCACAGCCUCCUCCAGGUGGUCUAUUGGACUCCAUCUCCAACAUAUUUGGCGUGUCUGAGUCUGUGCAGCCUGGACUCCUCCCAUCAGACUCCAGGCGUCGCCCUGGUAACUCCUUCAGCUCCUCACCUGAGAAUGCCGAAGCUCCGUCUGGGGUGUGUGCGGAUGUCCGUGUGCCCUCGACCGCACUGCAUGUGUUUGAGGCCCAUGACGGGGAGGUGAACGCAGUUCGUUUCAGUCCUGGAUCUCGAAUCUUGGCCACAGGGGGGAUGGACCGUCGGGUCAAACUAUGGGAAGUGGUCUCAGGUCGCUGUGAACCUAAGGGUGCUCUGACGGGCAGCAAUGCUGGUAUAACCAGCAUCGAGUUUGACAGUACUGGCUCAUACUUGCUGGCAGCCUCCAAUGACUUUGCUAGCAGGAUCUGGACUGUGGACGACUACAGACUGAGGCACACGCUCACGGGUCACAGUGGGAAGGUACUCUCUGCCCGCUUCCUCCUUGACAACGCACGCAUCGUAUCUGGAAGCUAUGAUAGGACCCUUAAGCUGUGGGACCUGCGCAGCAAAGUCUGUAUGAAGACUGUGUUUGCUGGCUCCAGCUGUAAUGACAUUGUCUGCACCGAGCAGUGUGUCAUGAGUGGUCACUUUGACAAGAAAGUACGCUUCUGGGACAUCAGAGCUGAGAGCAUUGUGCGUGAGCUGGAGCUCCUGGGCAAGGUCACGUCUCUGGAUCUGAACCACGACCGCACCGAGCUGCUCGCCUGCUCAAGGGAUGAUCUCAUCAAGAUCAUCGACCUGCGUACCAACGCCGUCCGCCAGACCUUCAGUGCUCCAAACUUCAAGUGUGGAGCUGACUGGACCAGAGUGACCUUCAGUCCUGAUGGCAGCUAUGUGGCAGCGGGCUCUGCAGAUGCCACCCUGUAUGUGUGGAACACACUGACAGGAAAGGUGGACCGCACGUUAGACAAGAACCACAGCACUGCCAUCAACGCUGUUUCUUGGUCACCGUCUGGAGCUUUCGUGGUCAGUGUGGAGAAGGGCAGCAAAGCGGUUCUCUGGUCUGAUAUGUGAUUGGCUAAGCUCUGCUCUGGACAUUGGUUGACUUAUUGACCUGACUGUAGAAUGGAGAUCCAGACAUUGGACAAUAGGGAGGAAGGGAGUCUCAAAGUCCUACCCAUAUUGUGCUGCACACUGACACUGGACUUUUAUGUAUGCAGGUUUGUAAGACGUGGGCCUGAUUGUCCCCACUGGACACAGUUUCAGUUGACACUAGGAAGCAGCAAUGGAUAGGUGUCCAUUGCCCCCCCCCCCCCCCCCCCC